AUAAUAAUAAUAAUAAUAAUAAAUUGGACGCGGUAAUACGUACGUAGACAAGUACACUGAAUGCAAAUGCGGAAGGAUUACAGUAAUUAUUGAAAUAAAAAUGUUGACUGUUAUAACUGAAAAAAUAACUUGUACAUCUUUAAUAUGCACAUCUACUUGCCGAAAUUGCCAGCUACUUCCGUUAUUUUCGACUGAAUCGCAUGUUUACUAAAUACUACUGUCACUCUAUGUGAGCAGACACUAUUAUUGCACGUACAUUCACAUUUUCAUAUGCACCACUAAUUACCCCAUGUUAAUUAUUUCCUCCUCACUAUCAUUUGUUCGUCGUAUAAAUUUGAGGAUUUAAAAACUUGGUUUCAUAAUUUCACGUUUCGUUUUAACAGAAAUGAAGCUUCAGGUGGUUCUUUUCCUAAUACUCUCUGUCAAUUUGGUGAUUUGUAAAAGGAUUAUGGUGGGAGGUGACUGUAAAAAUGACUGUAUUAUGCGUAAACUUGUAUGCGACGGUCGAUGCGACAAGACACCUGAAGAGAGCUGUUACGAAAAGUGUAGAAACUUACUGUCUGCAUGCCUUGAACAACCAUGUGCAAGAUUUGCCGAAUUCUACCAUCGACGAUACUAUUAGUAUUCUAGUCAGUAAUAUUUCUUUCUUUAGUUUCAAAAAGAAGAGUACAUUUAUUUCAAAUACAUUUUUUUGAUUAUACUUUAAACUGUAACGGUGUUUGGUGUAACUAAUGAAAUAUAAAUUCGAG